AUGAACGCAAACAACAAUAACAACACGAGUAAGUUCCUUUCGUCGUCAGUAGAUGCGUUCCCAUUAUCGCCAGACCCAGACGGCUGGGUUGCGGGGUCUCGGCGGCUCUCGAGGACAGAAACACCUCAAACGGCAUCUCCAGUUGGAGGCAGAGAGAACGAGCCAUCGGCAGCUCGCGCUCUUCUCCAGCUUAGGUAUGGCAGCCAAGAAAGCGACGGAGUAGUGCGAGAGACAGAGAUGAGAACAGAGCUGAGGGACUCCCAAACCCUCGCCUCGACUCCUCUCACUCGUCCUCGAUACACCGAAUCCGACCCGUCUCGGCCAGUCAACGCCACAAGGCAUCUUGAGGCUUCCCCCUUCACACCCUCCACACUUCGCCUUGCAUGGCCAGGACUCACUCCUCUGGCACGCACUUCUGCGGGAAAUCAACAAGUCCAUCAGCGUCCUACGCCGAUGCCCAGUCAAGUCGCCUUGCCCCUUCCCCUUCCCCUUCACCAUCACCCCGAAGCUGGUCCGGGAUCUCCCUUCCAGCCAGCUCCCGGCUCCGUGUUGCCUCUGCCCAUACCUACACAGACAGGCGUCUCGCGGCCGCGUCCAUAUGCCCCAUACCCCCCUGUCCCCUUCCGAGCUCCCCAUCUCGGCCUCGCACCUCCUCCAGCCCUCCCCCGUGCGCCUACAACCGCCAGCCAGCGCCCGCGCGACCCCAUCCUCGGAGGCAGCGUCCACAACGAAUGGACGAAGAAGCACGCCCCGACAGCCAUCUGCGACUUCUGCAACAGAAAGCGCCACAAGACGCUGCAGCAGUGCACCCGCUGCGCGACACAGUGCUGCUUCGAGUGCAUGCUGCACCGCCGCUUCGAUUCUCAGCACCACCUCUCCGAGGGCACGACGGACUGGGAGGUGACCAGGCGGCCGCGGAGACGGGCUCGGGUUCGUGCGAAAGCCCGCCUCCAGAGAGCGCACUCGGACGCCGACGCCGGCGGCGCUCCUCCCCCGACCGCUCAGUGA